AUGGAGUCAUCUUUCCCAUUUGGAGUGAUCCUCGCUGUCCUGGCCUCCCUCAUCAUUGCUGCGAAUGCACUAGUGGCUGUGGCUGUGCUGUUGUCAAUCCACAAGAAUGAUGGUGUGGGUCUGUGCUUCACCUUGAAUCUGGCUGUGGCUGACACUUUGAUUGGCGUGGCCAUCUCUGGUCUGGUCACAGACCACCUCUCCAGCCCUGCUCGGCCCACUCAGAAGACUCUGUGUAGCCUUCGGAUGGCAUUUGUCACUUCCUCCUCAGCUGCCUCGGUCUUCACGGUCAUGCUGAUCGCCUUUGACAGGUACCUUGCCAUCAAGCAGCCCCUCCGCUACUUCCAGAUCACGAGUGGGCUCUUGGUGGGGGCCUGCAUUGCCGGGCUCUGGCUGGUGUCUUACCUCAUUGGCUUCCUCCCGCUUGUAGUCCCCAUAUUCCAGCAGACCACCUACCAGGCAUCCUGCAGCUUCUUCGCUGUGUUUCACCCCCGCUUCAUACUGAUUGUGUCCUGUGUUGGUUUCUUCCCGGCCAUGCUCCUCUUUGUCUUCUUCUACUGUGACAUGCUCAAGAUUGCCUCCAUGCACAACCAGCAGAUCCGAAAGAUGGAGCACAUGGGAGCUGUGGCUGGAGUUCACCAGCCUCCACGGACACCCAGCGACUUCAAGGCUUUCCGGACUGUGGCUAUUCUCAUUGGGAGCUUCACUCUGUCUUGGGCCCCGUUCCUUAUCACUGGUAUUGUGCAGGUGGCCUGCCAGGAGUGCCAACUCUACCCAGUGCUGGAACGGUACCUGUGGCUGCUUGGUGUGGGCAACUCCCUGCUCAACCCACUCAUCUAUGCCUAUAGGCAGAAGGAGGUGCGGCAGCAGCUCUACCAGAUGGCCCUGGGAGUGAAGAAAGUGCUCAUCUCAUUCCUCCUCUUCUCUACCAGGGAUGGUGGCCCAGAAGGGCCAAGGGAAAGUUCCUGUCACAUCGUCACUAUCUCCCACUCACAGCUUGAUGGCUAA